GUUUUUUUAGUAACACAAACAUAACCUAAAAUUGACGAACAACAUAACCUACAUCAUUUAUACAAGUAUUUCACAAAAACGUGUUAUUAUUAUUUCGUUUAAGCAUGUCUCGCCCGGAACAUUUAGCACCCCCGGAAAUCUUUUACAAUGAAACCGAGGCUAAAAAAUACACACAAAACACCCGGAUUAUCGAAAUUCAGGAGCAAAUGUCUGAGCGUGCAAUCGAGCUAUUAUUACUUCCGGAAGACACCCCAUGCUUUUUACUUGACGUUGGUUGUGGUUCUGGGCUUAGUGGAGGUGUUCUCGAAGAACAGGGCCAUUAUUGGGUUGGUAUGGACAUUUCCACACACAUGUUAGAUGUAGCAACAGAAAGGGAAGUUGAAGGUGAUUUAAUGCUUGUUGAUAUGGGGCAAGGAUGUCCAUUCAAAGCAGGAGCUUUCGAUGGGGCUAUUAGUAUAUCGGCUUUGCAAUGGUUGUGUAACGCUGAUAAAACUGCUCAUAAACCGGUGAAAAGACUUUAUAAGUUUUUUAGCACUUUAUAUGCUUGUUUGGUAAGUAUGUAAGAGUUUAGUUCAUAAAAAUUAACUUUCCCAAUUAAAUUAAGUUGUAGAAAGUAAUUAAUUAUAAAAAUU